GCAUGAUGCACUGACGAUGGGGAAUCUGAACUGCUUUGAACAAUGCCAAGCGAUCCGAGAGCACGAUGAGCGAGCCAAGUUCCUCCAAGCAGGCGGCGCUUUCACUCGAAAGAAGUAUACAUUUGGUCUGCACACGGGAACGGAAUCCGUGCACUUGCAACUUCACGCGGACUCGGACGAGAUCUUGCUCUGGACUUCGGACAAGCAAGCGGACGGCGCCAAACCAAACGAGAUCGAAGUUGGCGACAUCAAGUCCGUCCUGCCCAGCGGGACCGCUGGCUUCCAGAUAUACUCGAUGCAGGGCGAAGUCCUUUUGGAAUUGGAUGCCGAGUCGGCGGAAGUGCGGUCGGAGUGGGUCACCGCGCUGCAGUGGAUCUGCGAAGAAGUGCGACGGACCCAAGAACUCAAUGGCACCCAGAAGAAGCAUCCAGCUUCCGCCUCGAGUCUCAAGCAAAUGGUCAAAGACCAAGCCAACAAGCAAGCAUAUUGGAUGAAGCGACAGACUGAAAUGAAGCAACGCGAAAAGGAAGCGGAGGAGCGCAAGAAGAAGGUCGGCGCCGUGGGCAUGAAAUUCACGGCCAUGGCCAUGGCUAAUCGAACAUGAUACGUGUUAUUGAACUUCUUGCUGCCGUGAUCAUGGAAUAGUCUACAUCCCAGCGCAUGGGACUACUGGAAGAGCACG